ACCAAUCAAGCUUACCACGUAUGAAUCAACCAGGCACCAGCCAGCCAGGCACAAGUUUACUUGGUAUGAACCAACUGGACAUGAACCAACCAAGCACAAGCCUACCCAACACCCACCAACUGGGCAUGAAACAACCGGGCAUGAGCCAAUCAGGAAUGAGGCAACCAGGUAUGAACCAAUUAGGCCUGAGCCAACCAGGCCCAAGCCAAUCAGUCCUCUGGCAACAAGUCAUGUGCCAAUCAUGCAUGAACCUGUCAAGAAAGAGUCAACAGCAACCAUGCCCGAGUCAAGCCGGCACAAGUCAACCAGGUAGGAAGCAACCAGGCCCCAACUACUCAGGCCUGAGUGAUCCAGGCAUGAGGCAACCAUGCCCAAGCCAACCCAGCACAAGCCAACGAGGCAUGAGGCAACCAGUCCCGAGCCAACCCAGCACAAGUCAAUCAAGCGUGAGUCAACUAUGCCUGAGUCCACUAGACUGGAGCCAAUCAAGCACGAGUCAAACAGGCCAAAGCCAAUCAAGCAUGAGUCAACUAGGCCUGAGUUCACUAGAGUGGAGCCAAUCAAGCAUGAGUCAGCCAGGCUCAAGCCAAUCAGGCCUGAGUCAACAAGGCCCAAGCCAAUCAGGCACAAGGCAAACAAGCAGGAGCCAACCAGGCCUGAGCCAACCAGGCCUGAGCCAACCAGGUCCGAGCCAACCAGGUCCGAGCCAAGCAGGCGCGAGGCUAUCAGCCUCCCGGGAACCAGGCAUGAAUUCUUUCCGAAUAAGACCUGCGGAGGCUCGAGACUGCCCAGAAAUCCUGCGCCUAAUUAAAGAAUUGGCUGCCUGUGAAAACAUGCUAGAUGCAGUGAAGUUAACAGCAAUGGAUUUACUCAGGGAUGGCUUUGGGGACAGGCCCCUUUUCUACUGCCUGAUUGCAGAAGUACCAACAAAACGAAGUCAACAAAGACCAUUAGGAAAAGUAACCGUUGGGUUUGCCAUGUACUACUUUACCUACGACCCCUGGAUUGGCAAAUUGCUUUACUUAGAGGACUUUUAUGUCACAGAAGCUUACCGAGGUCUAGGUAUUGGAGCUGAAAUGUUGAAGAGGCUAAGUCAGAUAGCCAUCAUAAGCCAAUGUAACUGCAUGCACUUCCUUGUCGUCAUUUGGAACCAGGCGUCUACUGAUUACUACACUCGUCGAGGGGCUUUAGACCUUUCCUCCGAGGAGGGCUGGCAUCUGUUCAGAUUUAACAGAAAAGAACUCAUGGAAAUGGCAUGGGAAGAGUGAAAGAGGACUCAUCAUAACUUGUCCCAACAACAGAGGCUCCAACAUUUGAAUGUCACCUGAGCCCUACAGCAGUUUGACUUUAAGUGUUGUACAAUACAGCAAGUGACCAAACUCUGGUUUGAGAUCUCUUACUUUGAAACAGAUUUUGCAGAUACAGUCAACUCUCCAUUAUCCAAACUAAUGUACUAAUGUGUUGUAGCUGAGCUGAUGAUCCAAAAGAGUAGAGAAUUCAAAAAUCACUUAUACUUAGCUUUAGGAUAUUUAUUUUUUUACCUACCAUCUCUCACUAAAUUUAAGAUGAUUAUAUUUUCACAUCUUAACAUGUCUGAAAUUGGGAUAAGUAUAAUGAUCAACUGGCAGUACUUUUUUCUUAGAGGUAAAUAACGUGUCUUAGAUUUGAUGAAAAAUGAGUGUGUUUGGUUAUAAACAGAGCUGAGGUACCAAAAAUUUACUUAAAAUACUGAAGCCAAAUUUUGAAGAGCUUACUUAUGAAAAACUAGUA